AUGGGGAUCGUGCAAUUUCCGCAAGAGUGCAUGAAAGUCUCCCCAAAUGCGGAUCAAUCCAAGUAUUGCAGAUUCCAUAGGCAGGUGGGCCAUGAUACCGAUGAAUGCAACGUGUUAAAACGCCAGAUUGAGGAGCUCAUCCAUAGGGGAUACUUCAGACAGUUUGUCAAACGGUCAGGCCAGCAAAAGCCGGGCCAAAAGUCAAGCCAGCAACAACCUCCGCGUAAUUUACCAAAAAAUGUUUGGAAGAAGGAUGACAGCUCCGAACCGUCAUCCUCGAGUGGCGGAGACACACAAGCAGAGAGGAAGAAGUGGAGUCGCCAGUUAUAUGUAGGUGAGGUGGUCAGCCUUCCAAAGGGAAAAAAGCAGAGGAGGGAAGCCAUUACCUUCUCUGACGAUGACCUCCCAGAAGGUCCACUACCUCACCGAGAUGCGUUGGUGAUCAAGAUGGAGAUCAACGACAGCAUUGUGCAUCGCAUACUCGUAGACACCGGAAGCUCAGUCAACGUGAUGUACUACGACGCUUUCACCAAACUGGGACUCCCCAGAAAUCAACUCAAAGAGGUACGGACUCCACUUUCUGGUUUUACUGGGGAUUCAAUAGAGACGGAGGGAUCCGUGGUACUACCAGUAGAGAUAGGUGUGAGCCCCAACACCUCCAGAAUAAACAUGGAGUUCAUCGUUGUGAAACUCACAUGUGCCCAUAACAUCAUACUGGGGAGGCCAGCUCUGGAAGAUCUGAAGGCGAUAAUUUCGAUGGAGCACCUGUGCAUGAAAUUUCCCACGCUAUACGGGAUAGGAGUUGCGAGAGGAGAUCAAAGAGCAGCUCAAAACGUGCUGAGAGAAGAGGAGGGCUGGCCCCGAGCCGAGCCUGCAUCUGAUACGGAAGACGUGGUGGUCGAUCCUGCACGAGCAGAUAGGGUUGUAAAGAUUGGUACUGGGUUGGCACCCGAACUAAGAACCCAGAUAGUCGAAGUCAUCCGACAGUUUAAAGAAGUUUUUGCGUGGGGUCCAGAAGACAUGCCAGGUAUCAAUCGAAACAUCAUAACCCAUAAGUUAGCCGUGGACUCUACCAAGAAACCAAUACAACAGAGAAAGCGAUACAUGUCGGCUGAACGAAGGGACUUUGUGAGAAACGAGGUGGUCGCGUUGACACAAGCAGGACAUGUCAAGGAGAUCUAUUAUCCCGAGUGGUUGAGCAACAUAGUCCUGGCCCCAAAAGGCUCCACGUGGAGAAUGUGCGUGGAUUAUACAGAUCUCAAUAGAGCCUGCCCUAUGGAUCGAUUCCCCUUACCAAACAUAGAUCAGCUGGUAGAUGAGACAGCAGGUUGCGAAUUGAUGAGCUUCAUGGAUGCCUUCCAUGGGUACCAUCAGAUAUUCAUGCAUGAGGAAGAUGCUGAGAAGACCGCGUUCACCACCCUAGAAGGCAUUUUUUGCUACUUGGUCAUGCCGUUCGGCCUAAAAAACGCAGGCGCAACUUACACCCGGAUGGUGGCCAAGUUGUUUGGGAAAGUACUGGGACGAAACAUGGAGGCAUACGUAGACGACAUGAUUGUCAAAAGCCGUAGAGGUGCCUCUCAUGUCAAAGACCUUAACGAGGUAUUUUCUAUUAUGAGAAAUUUCAAUUUACGCCUGAACCCUAAGAAAUGCACGUUCACAGUCAAUGGGGGUAAGUUUCUGGGACUUAUGAUUACUAGAAAUGGGAUAGAACCAAACCCAGAAAAGGUAAAAACCAUUCUUGACAUGGAACCCCCGCGGUCCAUCAAAGAAGUCCAAAGAGUCAAUGGUCGCUUAGCGGCUUUGGGUCGAUUUCUAUCUAAAUCGGCCGAACGAUCCCUCCCCUUCUUCCAGAUACUAAAGAAGAAUAAGGGGUUUGAAUGGACCCCAGAGUGUCAGUCGGCAUUCGAUGAUUUGAAAAAAUAUUUGCUAUCCCCGCCACUGCUUGCAAAACCAGAGGCGGGUGAAACCUUACUCUUAUACCUGGGUAUAUCACAGGGUGCGAUCAGCUCCGUGUUGGUCAAAGAGGAAGGAGGGACUCAGCGUCCCAUUUACUAUGUGAGCAAGGCCCUACACGAUGCAGAACUACGGUACACUGCCGUGGAGAAAACAGUGUUUGCUGCGGUCACCGCCUCUAAAAGGUUGGCCCAUUACUUCCAAGCUCAUCCCAUCCAUGUACUCUCACAUCAACCAUUAGGGAGUUUCUUACGAAACACUAACUCUGAUAGGAUGGCGAGAUGGGCCAUGCACCUUAGCCAGUUCGACAUUGAAUUCAAACCAAGGCCCGCCGCCAUCAAAGGUCAAGCCCUUGCAGACUUCAUAGUGGAAUGCACAGCCCGCGAGGUGACGGAGCAGGUGGAAAAUGAAGAUGGUGGAUGGUGGACCUUGUCUACGGAUGGCUCAUCCAACAGUAAAGGUUGUGGGGGUGGAGUAGUGCUCAUCACCCCAGAAGGAUUCCGCGCUUACUAUGCAAUCAGGUUCCACUUCAAGUUAUCUAACAAUGAGGCAGAGUAUGAGGCCCUCCUCAACGGACUGCGGUUAGCAGCAGGACUACGAGCAGAAAAAAUUCGCAUCCGAUGUGAUUCCAAGUUAGUGGUCGGUCAAGUGACUAGGGAAUAUGAAGCCAAUGAAGGGAAUAUGCAAAGAUACAAGGAUGCAGUGCUGCGAACCUUGCGAGAAUUCGAGGGGUAUGAAAUUCACCAAGUACCUCGAGAACAGAAUGCUGACGCUGACAUGCUCUCCAAGCUGAGCACUGGGAUCCCCGGCCACAUUCGCAAGAUUGCUCGGGUUGAGGAUUUGGAGACAUCCAGCAUCGACAUCUCAUGGGUCUGCCCCGUGCAAUCCAGAGAGCCAUGUUGGAUUGACCACAUCACAAAGUACAAGAAGGAUGGCACUUUACCAGCGGACGAGCAAGAUGCAAAGCUAACAAGGUUGCUGGCACCCAACUACGUGAUAUUGGAAGACAAGUUAUAUAAACGAUCCUAUAAUGGCACACUCUUGAAGUGUGUAUACCCUGACGAAGCAGAGUUGAUGAUGAGAGAAGUCCACGAAGGAGUGUGCUCCGCGCAUCAAGGAGCAUACACCAUAGCUCGACGCAUCAUGCUGCAAGGUUUCUUCUGGCCAAAGAUGUUGAAGGAUUGCGCAGAAUACGCCAAGCGAUGCCCUAAGUAUUUGGUGGGAGCCCUGCCCACGGGCUCGGGAAACCGGAAGUACAUUAUCGUGGCCAUUGACUACUUCAUCAAAUGGGUGGAAGCUGAACCUCUGGCUAGCAUCACAGCAGCCAGGUGUAAAAAGUUUGUAGAGAAGAACAUACUAUGCCGCUUCGGCAUCCCCAUCCAAGUAAUCACUGACAAUGGACGUCAAUUCGAAGGCAAAGAGUUCUCAGACUUUUUGACGGAAUGGGGCAUCAAGCACAACCAUGCCAAUAGAACCAUCCUUGAUGGUUUGAAGAGGAAAUUGGAAGCAGUUGGCGGGGCGUGGGUUGAGGAACUGGACAGCAUCCUUUGGACCUAUUGCACAACCCCAAGGAGGGCUACUGGUGAAACUCUUUUCGCAUUGAGUUACGGGUUCGAAGCUCGAGCUCCAGCAGAGGUGAUGACACCGAAUAGAAGGAUGGAAGAAUACGAGGUAGAGCAAAAUGAGAUCCAACAGGGAACCGAUCUCAAUUUCAUAGAUGAAAAGCGAGAAGCUGCGUUUUGUAGGAUGGAAAACUACAACAGGCAGUUGAAGUCCUAUCAUGACGCCAAAGCUAAACCCAGGUACUUUCAAGUAGGUGAUUAUGUUUUGAGAAGGAGAGAUGCCAGUCAACCCUUGGAAGGAGGCAAGUUCGCGAAAAAAUGGGAGGGUCCGUACAUCAUAGACGAGGUGAUUCGUCCAGGAACUUACAAGUUGAUGACAGUAGGUGGCAGGUUGAUUGAUAGGAUAUGGAAUUCAGAACACUUAACAAAAUUUUAUCAGUAG